UGUAAUGUUAUUGGACUUCUUUUUCUAAUCAUCAGUGUAAUAAAUGAAAAUAUUAGGUUGUCCAGAAAGUUCGUGGCAAUUUCUAAGAAACAUUCAAAAACACGUUUGAAUUUUAAUAUAUAUUUAUUGAAUUACAUAGGUGCCAUUUUGUUCCACAACCUUUUCACCCUUUAAGAGAUGUAUGCAUGUUAUUUGUUUUCAACUACUUCGAUACAUUCAGACCUUUACCAUCUACCAAAAAUCGGCAUGGACUUUCCGGACAACCCAAUACAUUUUCUUUGCCUUAUUAUCAUAGGGAAAUAGUCACGUCGAUAUUAUCGAGGUCUCUGUUUUAUGAAGGUCGGAUAAUUAUGAGUCAACCUAUUACUUGAAUAAUGUGUGCCUGGAUGCCACAAAAGUGACCAUAUGUUGUAUCCUUUUUUAUCUUUUUUGAAAAAAAUUCACUAGACCACCUGUGUUUCCAUGAAUUUUCAUCAGAAAGGUCCCUUAAAGGUUUGGCCAAGCCUUUGGUUAUACGAGAAUUGGGUAAGGAAGGUCAGUUAUCUGUCACGCUGACACUCGGUUCGCUGAAUAACUGAUAAACCAACCAUAUCCACCGCUGUCAUUAUCCACUUGCGUUUGUGUCACGUCCCUCUCCCAACUUACGCUACUUCCCUGUAGUACGUGUGCUCGUAAAAGUAAAUCGCAUAAUCGGAUAACGAGAGCUACCUCCUUGGAGAUUGAAUGAAUAACACGCGAUAACUCGAUUCUCAAACUAAGCCUCUUCGACUUCCUCCUUUUCUUCCUCUUAUACUUCGCCAAAGUUCACCACACCGAUUACAAUAUAAACAAAAAUAUUUCUUGUAAAUGAUAACAGUACUUGUGAAUUACUCAUCUUUAUUUUGUACAAUACGAAAUCCACGAAACAAGAAAGAGAAAACUUGUUUCAAACGUUCUAAUCGAUGUUGAAUUCAAUCCAAAGGCAUUCUCUAGCUCUUCAAUACAGAUCUACUGGUGUUGUUAUCAAUGUGUUAAAUUUUACACAGAACGAUCAUUACCAAAGUAUACGAAAAGACUGCAAGUGCUUCGAGUGCUUGUUACAAUAAUAGAGGAUUUCUUAUUGCAAACAUGCAAACUCAAAGUGUCAUUGAAAGAGUGUCUACAAAUUCUGAAUCUUAUAAAUGGUCACUUUCAUAGCAUAUGUACAUUCAGUUCCUACCGCUAUAUUUGACAUUUCUGCUCCUCCUUUGCGAUAAGAUCCUUCUUACCGUUACAUGUAAUGGCCAUAAGCACCCUCCGAGCCAUAUACUAUAUUAGGAACUUGGAUGUGAAGUGCGGGUCGGUACCGAGAAUUACCCAUUUGACCUCUUAUCUAUUUUUCACGUUUGGCUGGGUCAUCGACACACAGCCCGCUGCCGUUAUCACUGGCUAAAUAUUUAAAUCAAUUACAUUUGUCUGAAGAGGAUAAGUUAUUUCCGAAAAUAAGUGUUUUUGAUACCAAAAAUUAUUUGCUCUCAAAAAAAGGAAAGAUUAAUUAGAACACUUAAUAAUUUCACAGAGCGUUUCUAUGGUUUUCGAAGGCCAAGAGUUCUAAUCUUCCUAACGAUCGUGCAAUUUCGUCGCAUGGACAUGCUACGCUUGUGCUAUUUAAUUAUUAAUUAUCUACAGGUUGUAAUCGUUUUCGUUUACAUAAAAGUACGGUUUAUUUGGUUCAAUCUCGAAGUAAUAUAAAUUAAAAUAAUAAUAUAAAUUUUAAAAAUAGUACUAUAAAUUGUUACGAUAAGCUUUCAACAUUUCUUUUGUUUUAACUUAAUCACAUUUCAUGACGUCUAACGUCCAAUUAAUUUAACGUGACGUAUCAACGAUACGACAGAUAUUUAUAGUUACGAAAAUAUCUCGUACCAAAUAAAAGAAGUUUGAGAUUAAAUUAUUCCAAAAACAUAAUUACAAUUAAUUGGUGCCUUAAUAAUUAAUAUUUCACAUUUUUACACUGGUAAUUGUAGAAUCAUAAUGAUAGGAGUUAGAAAGUAAAUAACUUCUUCAUUUCAUGUCUUUCAAUAUCAAUACUUUAAAUUAAAUAGUAACGUAUUCGGAAGAAGCUAACUUCAAAGUGAAAUGUUUUUGUGCACAUUAAUAAUGAUAAUACUGACGAUGAGUGGAGGAUAUUGAUCUAUAACUGUAUUAAUUGCAAAUAUCUCAAUGUAAACCUAUGCAUCUCCUAAAAUAAAAACUUGUAGACAAAGAAGUUGAAUAAAUUCUCUAUCUCCUCUCAGAAGGAAAAGAUUUAAUAAAACCUCUGUUUUUCAUCUUCGAUUAUUCAAUAUUUAUCGCCGAUUUUUUAUUCUUGUCAUUUUGUUUUAUUGUGCAAACUCGUUUUCUGAUCAUUUUUGUUUCCGUUUCUAAUUCUGCCAAGUAACUUUGACCACGAUGUGUCGAAAGGUACUGUGACGUAAUCCUCUUUCCCGAUUCAUCCGAUAGCUCGCGGAUCACAGCUUGACAAACACUAGUCUGUAUUAUCGGCAGCAUUCAUUUCAUCACAUGUAUUAUACACUAUAGCUUAUAUAUUAUUCAUGUGAUCAAUUCGAUUGGACGACUUCGCUUGCAUUAGCUUCCCGUCUAGUGCACGUAGGUAAACGAUCAGGCUCCCAGCUAUUUACGAAUCUAUCAGUUCAUCCAACGCUUCGUAUGAUAACGUGCACAAGUAUAAAUAACGAUAGCUGGAUGACAGCUACAAACACAGAUACGUUAACCACUAACAAGAGCUGAUCAGUCAUAAAUUUGCUUAAAAAUAUCUCGCACCGCUGCGGCUCUAUCCGUCAGAGAAUUUUUAUUUAGUAGCGCCAUGUCUUCAUUAUCUCCUACCAAUAAGAAGUACACGACUCGUUCGCCAGAGCGCAUCGAAGAGUCCGAAACGUUCGCAGACGGUUGCCAUACUUUCGGUUGUCGAUCAUCCGCCGCUUCGACCACCGCCAUUUUUCCAUCUCGAGUAUCCAAAUUCAAUAACCGCACCUAUGAUAAUUCGUCCACGGUGGUCUAAGUGGGCAAAAUAGCCGAACCAACACCGAGAUACUUCUAAAAAGAAAUGCACACGAGCUCCCAAGAACAGCUGUGAAUUAAGUAAAAAGUAAAUGUAAGGCAUUCUCCGUACACGAAGCAUCCGUCCAGUCGCUAUUCGUGUGAAUAAUUCCAUCCAGCAAUUCAGUUUCCCGUGGGCACCAGAACAGACCAGUCCACGCGUCCACGCGAUCACGAUACUUCCAACUGUUCAUUCUAAUCGUCUCGUCUUAUCGGCCGCUCCACUAAACGGUCAAUUGACUUGGGUAAUUACCUAAACUCAGAAGCGAGUUUAGAGCAACGAAAGAUCCCCCUACAAAAUCAUUCUAACAUUACCUAAGCCAAGGAACAGAUAGGAGUCGAUCGUAACAGGAUGGCAUGAUCUUGAAACCUUGAAGAAGAAACUUAAAAACAAUCGUCGGAUGUUAUCGAAAUAAACAACGUAAAAUCGUAUCGUAUCGCUCCAAGGACAAGUGUUUCCAGUAGUGUAUCAAUUAGAACCGAAGUGACCAUGGCGAGCGUGGACAGAAACCUCGAAGAGCUAAUGGCUCACUUGGGCGAGUUCGGUAAAUACCAGUGCUGGCAAUUCUCUCUGCACAUAAUCGGUGCCUUGACAGCAGGUCUCCACAUGCUAACACUGCUGACGGUCGCCGCUGUGCCGCCACAUAAGUGCAACAUCCCCGAAUCCACGUCUAUGAUAGACUCGUUCAACAUGACGUCCUCCACGUGGAAUUCAUCCGCGCUACUAGAGGGUCUUCCUCGAGCCAUCGACUCCUGCCGCUACCUAGACGCCAAUAAUACAAUUCAAAACUGCGAAUCGUGGACCUACGACACCCAGUACUUCAAAUCGUCGCGUGGAAUGGAGUGGAACUUUGUCUGCUCGCAGCGAUGGAUGGGCUCGGUAGCCCAGUCCACCUACAUGUUCGGAGUGUUCAUCGGUGCUGUAACGUUGGGUAGCUUGGCGGACAAGUACGGACGAAAGAUAAUAUUCUACGUGUCCUCCGUGGCGCAGCUGAUCCUUGGAGUGUCCGUGGCCUUGGUUAACAACUACUACGUCUUCCUCGUUCUGCGAUUCCUAUACGGCAUAUUCGGUUCAGCAGGUGCCUAUAUAACAGGAUUCGUCCUCACGAUGGAGCUGGUGGGACCGUCAAAGAGGACCGUCUGCGGAGUGAUGUUCCAACUAGCUUUCGCCGUUGGUUUUAUGCUGGUUGCCGUGUGGGGAGCCGUGAUCAAGGACCGAGUGUGGCUGCAGAUCGCCUACGGGCUCCACAGCGCCCUCCUCGUCGGUCACUGGUGGCUCAUGGACGAGUCGCCCAGGUGGCUUUGGGCCCAAGGUCGAGUCAGCGAAGCCUUAGUGAUCGUGCGCAAGGGCCUGAACAUGAACGGUAACAACGUGGACAUAGACGCUGCGAAAAUGGUUAGCGAGGCGAAGGUGCAGAGCGCGGACAAGGAAGACCGAUCGUACGGGGCUCUGGACCUCUUCAAGACACCCAAUCUCAGAAAGAAAACGUUGAACGUGUGUCUGAAUUGGUUCGCCAACUCUCUAGUUUAUUACGGGCUGUCGCUGAACGUGGGCAACCUGGUGGGUAACCCAUACUUAAUGAUGUUCCUGAGCGGAUUGGUCGAACUGCCGUCAUACAUUCUGAUGUUCUUUCUGAUGGAUCGCACCGGAAGAAGGUGUAUGGUCAGCACCUUCAUGUUGAUCGGCGGCGUGUGCUGCAUAAUCGCGUCCAGUAUUCCAACUGGGUCCGACGUGGCUGCUACCGCCAUCGUGGUCAUCGUCCUCUUCGGGAAGGCCUGCAUCGCUGGCUCCUUCGCGGUCAUUUACAAUUACACCGCGGAACUGUUCCCAACAGUGGUCAGGAACACCGCUCUGGGAAUAGGCUCGAUGUGCGCGCGUCUCAGCGGUGCUCUAACUCCCAUGAUCAUGCUGUUGGAUUCCUUGAAUCCCAAAGUGCCGGCGAUACUGUUCGGUUUCGUCGCUCUGGUGUCCGGUCUGCUGUCGUUGUACUUGCCCGAAACGGUGAACCAGCCCAUGCCCGAGACCAUCGAGGACGGUGAGAACUUUGGCAAGGACGACACGUGCUUCACCACGUGCUUGGGAUCCAGCAGAAAAGACAGCACCACUUACGAAGUCACGAUGAGCCAGCUGGGCGACAAGGAGGAAAAGGAGAGAUUGAAUCAGAGCGGGGAGACCGCGUAACGAACUUCCUCUUGAUGUUCAAGUUCGACGAAUGGCGACGCUUUGUUGCCAGAGUGAUGUACGAGCAUCGAACGACAGACUGAAUUUGUUGCGGUACUGUUUUGUAACUCGGCAUUGCAGAAGCGUAUGGUUACAAGCACUUGUGUUUGUUUAUGGUUUCUCGAGUUCUCGACGACGAUUGGAGAAUAGGACUACCGUUCCAACGCGCUGGCGCCGUUGUUUGCAUACACGUUAAGCGUAAAUGUACUUGCGUUUACCGGCCAUAAUUUGAAAAGCCUUGGAUCGCGUCUCGUUGCUUCGCGUGUGUUACGAGUCGCUGUUAAACUCUGAACGGCUUGUUGCGUGGAUAAACGUUCUAGUUAAGAGCUAGAUAAGAAGUGUUUCGAAAUGAAUAUUACCCUCUUGAACAGAGUGAUAGUGGCUAAGUUAGAGACGUUUUCGACUAAGAAUAUGAGUUGUAUCUUACCGUUUCUACGUAUAAGUUAAACCUAGAGCUACCGACUAUUAUGAUUUCUGCAAUAUUUUAUAAAGUAGAUAUGGAACAGGCAAAUCAAUUCGUGAGUAUACAGGGUAGAGCCAGUAAGUGUAACAAGUCAUAACUUCAUUAUCAGUACUAUUGGAAUAAAAUGUCAGAGGAAAUUUAUGAAUAGUUCAGUAGGAGAGACCGUGGUCAAUUGAACUAUGAAUCGACAAAAACAUGUAAACUAACUUUGAAAUGGUUAGUGAUAAGGACAGGGCGUUGAGAUUGAAUAAUUGUCUCUGUGACAAAUGCAUUAUCAAUAAUUUAGUCAUUGUUCAAAAUGUUCAGAAUAUACAGUGGAUGUAGAAAGUAUUCUUACACCGAUCAAUUUUCAAAAAAACUAUGUGAACUUGUAAUUUAUUAACUUCUUUUUUAUAAGCAAUGAUAUUCUAUAUAUUCAUGAAAAUCUCUAGAAUAGAUAGAGAAUAAAAAAAUUAGUUAUUUAUAUAAGUUGCGAAAUUAACAAGAAAAAACAAUAAAUUGAUAGAAAUACAGAAGCAAUAACUAUUCGUACAAUUGCUAAAUUUUUAAAACUUCAUAGAAAAAAAAAGGAAAAUUACGUUAAUUUAUAAAUAAUUAAUACUUCGUGGGAUUUCCUUUUGAUUUUAUAAUUCCUACAACCCUUCUAGCCAUUAAAUUAACUAUCAUAAAUGUCGAUGUUAUUCGGAGUGGGAUCUUCUUCCAUUCCUCUGAGCAUUUUUUAUAAGAGCAUUUUUUAAAACUUCUUUACUGGAAAUGUGAUGUUUUCUAAUUCAUACGAAGUAAUAAACUAAUGUGUUUAUGUUACAAACUCUACUGUAAAUGAUUCGUCAUAAGAACCGUACGAAUAAUUAUUGCUUCUAUAUUUCUGUUGAUUUUUCGUAUUUUCUUGUUAAUUCCGCAAAUUAUAUAAACGAGUAAUUGUUGUUUGAACUAUAUACAUAUAUCUAUUCUAGAGAUUUCCGAGAAUAUGUAGAAUAUCAUUGAUUAUAAAAAAGAUGUUAAUAAAUUACAAUUUCACACAAAAGUUUUUUACGAAAAUUGAUCGGUGUAAGAAUACAUUUUACACCCACUGUAUGGGUCAAAUUGACUGGCUUGAUGGCUUUAGUGUUAAAGGAACUUCGUUAGACGAAGAGAACAGCAUUUCGAUAUACAAGAACAACUGUCUUUGUUGCAUAAAAGUGCACGAAGAACAGAGUGCAAUAAAAUAUUGUAUGUGCGAAGAUGGAAUCAAUUCAUUUUAUCAUACAGAAGUAUCGUUCAGUUGUUAAAUCCAUAAUUAAUCCUAUUAUUAGAUUAUUAUUGUUAUUAUUAUUAGUAGUCUACAUUGUAUAAGUAUCAUAUGGUAUUCAAUCAAUUGUUGCCUAGUUUGAAUAACAAACAAAAAUCUCCAAUCGAGUCAUGGCAAUUGAGUUUUCCUUGUAUUAAUACAAUGACAACUUGAUCACUUUAAUUAUUUUUUAUAUUAUUACUAAUUCAAGUUAUUCAUUUUCUAAAUUUCCAUUUGAAGCGUACAUAUAGACUAUAUGUAUGUAUAUUUCUUGCGAGAUGAUUUUUUGCUUCAAAAUUCAUAACGUCAAUUAGAAUUCUUUUAACCCAAACGGCUACAUUCGAUAAGGUACAAAAUUCUCAGAAUAAAAGUAAUCAAAUAUGUUUUCUUUAAAGCUAUAAUAGCUUCCGAGAUAUUCGAGUAUAAAAUGGUAAUCUUUGAAUUGAUAUAUUACGUGCGUUUCUUAUCAGCGCUACUUCAGAAGUUGUGUGUCUUUGAAAAUAUCCAGCUCGGAGCAGAACGAACUUGAGGAUCUAUUAUAGAAGAUCAUUCGAGGACAAUCCAAGUCAAAUUGUUGCUAGCUAAUUAUGAAUUAAUAACUAAUUAAUUCUCACACAGAAACUAGUGUUCCAUUUUAAAUACGAGGCUGAACUUGAACACUUACAAGAGCUAUAUUGUAAUUAACCUUACAUGCUUAUUUGAAGUAUAACCAGAGAAAAUAAUAAUUUGAAUAGGUUCAGUAGUGGCUAAAAUAAUUAAGAUGAUUAAGCUGUGUUGUUCAUCCAAUGCAAUGACAUAGAUAGGAGAUAUUACCUAUUUUUAUACCAUAUGUAUCGACUAGAUAUUAAGUUAUACAAUUCAGACAGCGUAAUAUAUACGAAAAGAACGUAAAUUGUACAGUGAAAGCUGCAUGUUGAAAAUAGCAAUCGUUUCUGUAAUGUAAUCAGGGGCAUAGGUAGUGAGAGAAGUUCUCGAACCAAGAAUCCUCGCUUCUCUCUGCCGUUCCAUCGUUUGUAAGUGAAGUAUUCGUUUCAUAAUUUUCAAAUAACGUUAUCAAUUACGUGUAAGCCAUUGAAUAAUAUUAAAAGAUAUAACGAAUGGUAAGUACCUGAAACGGAGAUAAAUGAAUAAUACGUAACAUUGUAUUUGAAUUAUUAGGAGAGAGUUAGCCAAUUUAAAUAUUUAUUAUUACUGGACUGCGGAUUUUAUGCAUACAGGGUGUCCCAGAACUCCUUUAAGAACCAGAAAUGGAGCUGACACAAUUCUGAACAAUUUCCUUUGCAAAAAUGUCGGUGGAGGCUUCACUUUUUAAUUAUUAACGAAAAACUGCGCGGCGUAGCUAGCACUGUGAUUGGUCGGUGUUUUUCGUUAAUAAUUCAAAAAUGAAGCCCUCACCGACAUUUUUGCAAAGGAAAUUGUUGUUUAGAAUCUUGUCAACUACCUCCCAUUUCCGGUUCUUGCGGGAGUUCUGGGACACCCUGUAUAUUUUAUAUGCUUUACAGGCAUGAGAAACAGAUAGUAAACAUAUACAGAACGUAUACACAUAUAUAAAAUGAAAUAUUAAUUACUAUUACGUCAAAUUAGUACAUUAUGUACUAUCAAAGCAAAUAGCAAAAGUUUGGACACAUUUUUGUAAUUCUACUUAUUUAUAUUAUAAUCUUUAUUUAGAAUUGACUUAAGUAAAACUACGUUUUGAGUAACAUUAUAUUACAUCGCAGUCUUCUGUUCAUUUUCUUAGAUAAAUUAACGAUUUCUAAUUUUAAGUAGGUAUUUACUUUGUUAUAACCGAAACAAAACACAUGUAUAAGUUAAAUAUUUAGAUUUGAAAUUUAUUUAACACGUAUGAUUUAUAGUACAUUUGUCGUUUGAUAGAGGACCCGUCUCUCGUUUAAAGUCUUGUAACCUAUUUUAUAGCUAUUAUAUCCAAAAUUUAAGUAGCCUAUUAAGUUACUUCUGUUGAAACAUAAAGAGCAGCUGAUCAAAAUUUUAUCUGAAUUAAACAAAAAUUGUAGAAUUUGUAGAAAA